UGGGGGUGUGUAACAAAAAAAUUAGGCCUGGUCGAGGACCGGGCCGCGGGGACGCUAAGCCCCGAAAUCAUCUCAAGAUAACCUCAAGAUAGCAUGCGCUCUUGUGACGCGUCUCCCAACAUUACCUCUCGUGCAGUCGACCGGAGGAGUAAACCCAGUUCCCGAGAGUUCCGCAAACAGACGUAUCGUAAGGAACCUUAUACAGAAGUAGACGACUUAUGACUCCUUUUACCUUCUUGGGGGUUUUCCUUCCCGUGAACAGUCAUAGGAUUGGCGCCCAGUCAAUCCUCCCUGACCACGGCUCAGAACCCAGUCGGAAUCACUCGUGAUACGUGUGUAUUACCACCGGCUUCCAUAAAAGGACAUAUACACUGAGAGGUGUACCUUAUUUCUCGGUGCAUAUACAGUACACAGAACAAAUCCACAAGACCGGUGACGAGGAUUCGAACCUGUGUCCGGGACGAUCCCAGAUGCUGCCUUAAUCGACUGAGCUACGACAUGGUAAAAAGAGUUGAAACCGAAGUUCAGGAUCCAGUACACAGAGUUUGCUUUACUUCCGGACAAUGUUUUCAGGGCUAAAGUAUGCUUCCUGGGGGGGUAGAAAUAGCCUAAGCUACUCUAUCCCUUUGAGAUGUAUUUAUUGCUUAUCUCAAUAAACAUACUUGAACUUGAACUUGAGUAUGCUUCCUGGCCUGUCAGUAAGGCAGUGUAACCCUCAUACACCUGGCAGGCCUUAAGCCCAACACAGUAUCAAUCCGGCUUUCGGUCCCUGUGGAAGUCAUUAGUGAUUUACUAAUAAAUUUACUUGUAAAUUCCCCUCCUUCCCCCCCCCCCUCCCUCCGUCUCAUCCAACAGCUUGUAAAAGUGUUCCCCAACCACCAGACGUCUCCAUUACCGCCAUCCAGCGCCGCAACAACCCGCACGUCACGUCACGAAUGGUGUCGCUUUCAUAUUCCGACUCGUGAUGAAGGCGGUUGCAGUGUUGAUGACUCUGGUGGUAGCUGCCACCAGCAUUCCCCAUUACCCACCUAAACCACUUCCGUACACAGUGCCCACCCCCACCUGCACCCCCGUCACCGUCACCCACACCACAACACAGUCCAAGGAGGUCACGGAGACGAGCACCGCACCGGUGUUCACCACCACAACGGUGUACCAGAGUGCUACCGUCACUCGGGACGUGACCCAGACCGUCACCACCGUCCUCACUGACAACAUCACCAACUACCACACCGAGACCAAGCAGGUGGAGGUCCCCACCACCAUCACCACCACCCACACCGUACUCUCCACCACUUAUCAAACCAAGACGGACAAUAUUUACGUCACCCAGACCCAAACUUCUGUCAAGACCCAGUACGAGACCGUCUGUCCGGUGCCUCCCUACGGUGGCUAGACCGCUCUUGAGACCGUCGAGAGUAACAUGACGAAGUAUCGUAGAUAUUGUUACUAUUGCUUGUUGGAUAUCAUUAAGAUUGUUAUGUUUACAACUACAUUAAGAUAAAUGUUUUUUAUAGUGGAAAACUCUUAAAAGAAAAUUUAGUGGACGAUUAAUCAUAAAAUGGCUGCACCACCAGACUGUAACUUUAAUAGGCUAUACUGGAUAAUAAUGAAUUAGAAAUAAUAAAAUAAUGUGUGUAAUCACAAAAUAAUGAAUUUAUAUAAGACUUCCUAGUAAAUUAUAUGCGCUCCAUUUCAUAGCACAGUAUAUCUACUUUAUCUUUACUACUUGAUGCUAUAAAACUUGAGUAUAUAAAUCUGGAUUGUAAUAAAAAAAAUCCCCAUGUAGCGUUUGGCUCAACCCUCAGGAAUAAUCUAUCUGUACUAGCUAUAUCUAGAAGCUAGCUAUAUCUGUAUAUAGCUAGCUAUAUAGCUAGCUGGAUAUAGCUAGCUAUAUCUGUAGCUAGCUAUAUAUAUAGAACUACAUUAUUAUAGUUCCCCUAAUUGCUUACGUUUUCUAUGCGUUCAUAAACAACUUAAGGCCACUGACACUCGCAUCGUGCCGCUGGUGGCUGACAGUAACUCAUAAGGGCGCUUGUUGUCCCUCAACACCGCUCUCCCGCCCUCACAUUUUACUGAUAGAAACUGUGUUUACAUUUGCCUCGUUAAGGACGGGAGACAUCUCCCGUCACGCAGGGUGCAGUCGCACCUCCACAGAUCUACAGUGUCAUCUACUGAUACUGGUUAUGGCUCAAAAGGGUAAACCACUUACGGGCUAUUCAUGCCCGUGCCACUUUUUGGAUGGCUUAAUCUUCAUCAUCAUCGCCUCGUUAAACAGUUUCGGUGUACUUACCAAGUUGUGCUUGUGAGGGGUGAGCUUCGGCUCUUUGGUCCCGCCUCUAAACUGUCAGUUUGCUAGUGUUGUGGGCAUGUUUCAUUAUACUCGAUCCCUCUGUUCACCUAUAGCAGUCAAUAGGUACUUGCAGGGAGUUAGACAACUGUUGUGGGUUGCAUCCUGCUUAGUUAAUUUAUUGUGCACCUCAUAUCCUUUCUGUGGUCGUGGAAUAUAUAACACAGACAUAUCAUGAACUCAUUUGGGGGAACUGAACCCCCAAAACUCAUUUACCUGAGCAAGUUACAGUACAGAUAAUCUUGUUUCACAGAUCAAUGAUUAUAUCAACAAUGGAUUCGAGAACGAUCACAACUACAGUCUCUAAGCUUAGCAACGUACAUCUGCAGUGAACUACUUUCCUAACUUGUUGUUUAUCAUGCACCACACCCUCCCCCCCCCCCUUCAAAAUCCAGUGGGCAGCGCUGUAAAGGUUACAAUCACCCACAUUUACUACCUAUAGCUAGCAAGCUAGGUAUAUUUUGCUAAAAUUUCUGGUAGCAGAUAAUUUUGAAUGAAAGCUUCCACUCCACUCAUCAAAGACCCCGCCUCCCUCUGCUCGUCGAGGACCCCACUCCACCGUCUUAGACCACCCAACACAUUCCAGAUCACAAAUACAGUUACUGUGUGGGGGGGGGGGUGUUGACGACAUACACGUAGACUUCGUUAAGGAAGACUCUUGGGAAUCCUUGCCAGCAGACUCAGUUUAUGUCUCAAUCAAGGACAAAUGAAUCAUGAACUAAUCCACAAGGGCCGUGACGAGGAUUCGAACCUGCGUCCGGGAGCAUCCCAGACACUGCCUUAAUCGACUGAGCUACGACAGGGUUAAAAGGGUUGAAACCGAAGUUCUACUGAACUUACUGGAUCUUUUGUUCAUUUGAUGCAUCACGUUAUUGUGAUCUCUGUGUGUGAAAUGAAUCAUACCCAUCCCCCAGCUGCUACACAUCAUUGCACUGAUGGAUAUAGAAGCAAACUUGGUAACAGCUUCACAUACUACACAUACG